AUGAAGCGUACCCCACGUGGUGUAAUCGAGCUCCAAAAGAAUGCGCUACCUCAACUAAAUUUAUCAGCUGACUGUGACAACAUCAACGAGCAUACAAAUGAAGUUGCGAACUCGACGACAACUCUACUACGUCCCGCUGCUGGUCACACUCUUCGAACUUUGGGGGAUGUUGUAAGAUGGUUUGGUGCAUACUAUGCCAAUACGAGCUGGAAACUGAUGCACAACAGUGAGGUCCAGUUGGGCUUUGGUCGAUUUUUAUUUAAAGGAAAUCUUAUGACAGCACUUCUGUAUAUCGAAAGUGUGGUCAUCGUAAAUGAGGAACCACUACACGUAAGAUAUUGUAAAAGCAGAAAAACCAACAUUGAGCAGGACAGCAACUAUGAUGAGGAAACGUACAUGGAAAGUACCACUGAAUUUCAUGCCAAAUUUGUGGUAAGAAACCCUUUUCGUACUUCUGAAGUACUUAUCGAGGUUUUCGAUAAGAACUACGAUCAACAGCAGCCAAUACGUGGACCUCACAUGAUUUGGGCUACAUCCCAUAACAAUUCAGAAUCGUCGUCCGAUGACGAGAU